CUGUGUAAGAAAUUCCAGAUGUGCGCCAGCGCGUAUGUCGUUUAUGCUUUGGUGUAUAGCUCCUCCGGCAUCUAGGCAUCGAGCAGAAAAUGUUGGCUCAGUGAUUCAUUCAGUUUUAUUUGAUAUAAAAUAAUUAUCCCCCCCCACGAAGUACGUGAACAGUGAAGUAAUUGUGAUUAGCUAGUCGGCAGCAGCCAAGGCACCUCGGGAGUCCAUUAAAUUCGUAGAUUACUGGGCUGUAUAUACUUAUAAUAACGCUAUGGAUCGAAGAAAAAUGUCAACAUCGGGGGAUUCCCUCUACCAAACACUGGAAAUUGCUAAGACAGCAACACCCGAGGAGAUAAAAAAAACCUAUAGAAAAUUAGCGUUAAAGUAUCAUCCAGAUAAGAAUCCAAAUAAUCCAGAGGCUGCCGAAAAGUUCAAGGAAAUAAAUCGGGCACACGCCAUCCUGACUGAUCUGACAAAACGCAACAUUUACGACAACUACGGAUCCCUCGGUCUCUACGUGUCCGAGCAAUUUGGAGAAGAGAAUGUCAAUGCGUACUUCGUCGUGACAUCUGGAUGGUGCAAAGCACUAUUCUUCAUCUGUGGUCUUCUCACUGGUUGCUACUGUUGUUGCUGUUUAUGCUGUUGCUGCAACUGCUGUUGUGGAAAAUGUAAACCCACACCACCAGAAGAUAGUGGAGUUUAUCACAAUCUACAGCAGGGCCAGAAUCAACGAGAAAGGCCAAGUGACGCUUUCGCAAAGGACGACGGAAGUGAGGAUGAAGCUGUAACAAGCCAGCCAACGAGUGGAGCAGCACAAGGUGCCUCUUCAAACACUGUCUUCGCAAUGCCACCACCCCCCGCGACCACGGCUAACGAAAGUACGAAUCUGAACAGCGGUGGUCAAGGUGUUAUAUAUACCACCAUCACCAAUCCUUUUGCAGCUGGAGCUGCGGCAGAGGCCGCAGCCCAAGGAGCAACCAAGUGGUAGUUGGGACCAGCCGAUGGAAUUCCGCCACUAUUUAAUGGAUAAUAUAACCAUUGCUGAAUACGUUUAUCAGCUAGUGGCAAAAUGUUAUUGUUAGGGAAAUGAAAAAAUAUAUUAUAGUAAUACGUCGACACAGUACAUAAAACUACAACUAAAAAAUUUGUUACAUGAAGUCAAAGAAACCUUAUUUCGUCGUAAGAUUAUCGAAAUCCCUGUACAGAAAUUCCGUUUAGCUGGGUCACAUGAUUUUAGUCAAUUUCAAAUGAGACACAUUGAGCUUUGUAUAGGGAAGACACGAUACUCGUCUUUAUGACUUUUUUUUCAUGUUGUUUACUCCAUUGGGAGAAAUUAAUUUGUACAAUUGAAAUUCGACGAACAGAGAAUUACGAAAUUUUAAAAGUUUAGGUUCAAUAUUAAGAUAAAGAGUCAUUUCAGUAGAAGUUUUGAGAUUAAUUACUCGAAAAUAUGUUAUUUAUUGCGUGGAUUAAUGUGUAUUUGAGAAUAAAGAGACCUCGCCAGGCGAAAAUUUUCAAAUUUGAGGAAACGAGUGUGAAAAAAUUCAAUAGAACAAUAAGGAAUUCGCAAGAAAAUUCCAUUAGAAUUAUCUAAAAAUUCUAUAGGAAUGUUUAUAAAUUUUAUUCUCGUUGAACACUCGUUAUUUUUUUCGUUGAUUUUAUGAGAUAUAUGAUAGAAAAAAAGUCAAGAGAUUUCGCUUUUUCCACAUAAUUAUUCCCUCGAAUGUUUUCUAUAACAGUACGUGAGUAUAAAUUUUCUAAAUUUUUUUACAUAACUGAAAAAAUCCAGAAAAUGAAAUUCAUGUCCACAAAAUUAAUAGAAACAAUUUCAACCGGAAAAUACAAAUCUAUUGACUUCUUUAUUGGAUUUUUUCACAUGAAAAUUUUCUGCGAUGACAUUUCAGCCAAAAUGGCUUGUGGCAAAUGAGUUGUAGAUAAUCUAAAGAGACUAAAUAAUAUUCGUAAAUGUUUAACAACACGAGAUGGGUGACAGCUGCAGGCGUCACCCUCUUCCCUUGCCAGAAGGGGUUGCCUCAACGACAAUGGCUUCCCCUCGUGUUUCUUAACAUUUACAAAAAUUAUUUAUCCUCUUCAAAUCACUCUCUAGCUGUUCCACCCGAUUUCUAAGAAAUAUGAAUAAAUGUUGCAACUGUCCCCGCGUUUAAAUAUUUUUUCACCCCCGGGAGGUCUUCACAUCAGUGUAUAUGCAGGCAAUAUACCACUCAUCCAACAUAAACAUAAACAUAAACAUUUCUAGUCCUCAGGAAGAAAUAAUGCAUUCUAGUAAGAGCCAAGAUUACGUUCUUCUGUCCUCUUAUGACGUUAUUAAUAAAUAAAAAUGCCUAAGGUUCCAUUCAUAUGUUUAUUCGACUAAUUAACAGACUAUGAGAUCCUUCAUACCAUAUGAUACAAACACGUAUUAAAAAAUUGAAUCGAAAAAUCAAACGCUUUCUCUAAGAAAAAGUUAAUAGAAUUUCUCGAGGAAAACUCCGGGUUUUCUUUUAAAAUUUUUCAUUCCUCCGUUAUUGACCUUCUAUAAAUAAUAUUAGACACAUGCCCCUAAAAGACAAUUUAUCAUCCCCCCACGCUCCUGCAUGAACCAUCUAAAAGCAUUUCAUAUCAAUUCAUGCUGAUCGAGAUCCACGAUUAAUAGGAACCCUUCGAAAUUGCGGAGAAUGAUUCCUCACGCCUGUAAUUAAUAAAUUAGAAGUGAACACUAAGAAAUCGAUUUUGCUGGCAGCAAAUACGAUACACAGUUACUCGUUUGCUUUGUUAAUUAAUAACCUGUGUGAAUAUUCCAUGUAGUUUUUCCAUUCGAGGAACUUUAUAAUGUAAGUCAUAAGGGCGGUAGAUAAUGAUAAAAAAUAAUUAGACAACGCCGACAUUUUGUCGAUUAUCUUCCGUCGAAAUUAAUCGUCUUCGCAGCCUGUGUUGAGAAUUUCUACGAAUAGUAGACUAACGUUCGCGGUCUUAUAGAAAUGUUCACCCGAAUUUAAAUGCAUUUGAGGAAUUCUGGGUCUGUCUUUACCGACUAGUUUACAUUUUUUCCAGCUUCCGAAACCCAAAAAAUCAGAUUGUUAAAUAAAUAAACUCUAGCUACUGACUAAUAUUUUUUUCAAUGCUCCUUUCUGUUUUUUUUUCAAAAUAUUUAUAGCUUUUUUAUUGUGAAAGUCAACCAUCUGGUGCACGAAAAAAAUUCUACAAGAAAUUAGUCAAUUCAUUAGAAAAUAUCUAACGAAAAAAGUCUAAAAACUUCUGUAAUAUUUUCUGAAUUUUUUUUAGAUACUUCUUGUAAAAUUCUUUAACGUAAAAAUUUUCAAUUCUUCUUUCUAUUUCAUGGAUUUAUGGGUUUCGUGGAUGUUUGUAAUAAUUUCCAUACCCACACCUUAAAAAUUGGACCAAAACAUGGUGUGAUAUAACAAUCUAAUAAUCAUCAACCCCGUCAACUCGUGCAACGGAAUCUUGACCCCUAAACUGAUUGUUAUAUGCGAAAAACGUUGCAACGUCUCGUUUUUUCCAUUCAACCUGCACAUUAGGAAUUCUUGUUAAUCCAUUAAUUAAUUCCCUUUCCAUAUUUUUUGAGAAAUUAAUUCGUUUGAAAGAUGUCCUUUCUUCUGUCUCAAUAAUUGUAUACAUAGGCGUAUAGAAUUUAAUAUAUCAUUAAUUAAUAAUAACAACAGCAACAACAAUAAUAAUAGUAAUGUGAUUAUUAACGACAUGAGUGUAUCUAUCAACUAUUUCGGAUGUUAAAAGCGUACCAGUUGUCCUAUAAAAUUUAGAUAGUAACUCGAUAUCUAUCCAAUGAAGAUAUAACGUAUUUAUUGUAAAUAAAUGGAAUUAUGAUAA